GUCACGUGUUACAUUGUUUCAAAGUCCAAGCCCAUCAGACUGUUUUUUGCGCAUACCGGUCAUCUCGUCAACUCUUGCAAGUAAAAUGGCGCUUUCAAGGGCUGUUAAUGGUGUAUUUAUUGUAGCUGCAAAGAGAACAGCUUUUGGAACAUAUGGAGGAAAACUAGCUGGACUAACUUCUACAGAUCUCGCUAGUUUAGCUACACAAGGAGCUCUGGCUUCAGGCAAUGUUAAUCCUGAAAUAGUCAACUCUGUGACGUUUGGAAAUGUUAUCCAAUCUUCAAACGAUGCAGCUUAUUUAGCACGUCAUGUUGGUCUUAAGUGUGGUGUUCCAACAGAAAGUCCAGCUCUAACUGUGAAUAGAUUGUGUGGGUCAGGAUUCCAAGCCAUUGUUAAUGGGGCUCAGGAGAUAGAACUUGGAGAAUGUGAUGUAGUUUUAGUUGGGGGGACUGAAAAUAUGAGUCAAGCCCCCUUUGCUGUACGUAAUAUCAGAUUCGGUACCAGACUAGGGCAGGAUUUAAAGCUGGAAGACACACUAUGGGCAGGGCUUACAGACAGUUAUAUUUCACUACCAAUGGGUAUAACAGCCGAAAACCUAGCCAAAAAAUAUAACAUAACUCGUCAAGAAUGUGAUGAAUUUGCCUUCAAAACUCAGACACGAUGGAAUGAAGCAAAUCAGAACGGCUAUUUUAAGGCAGAAAUAACACCAGUGAAAGUAAAAGGCAAAAAAGGGGAAGAAGUAUUUGAAGUAGAUGAACAUCCUCGUGUUACAUCUGUUGAUAAAUUAGCCAAAUUGCCAACUGUUUUCAAAAAAGAUGGAACAGUUACAGCUGGGAAUGCCUCUGGUGUCUGUGAUGGAGCUGGUGCAUUAAUAUUGGCGAGUGAAGCAGCCGUCAAGAAACAUAACUUAACACCAUUAGCACGUCUUGUUUCUUAUGGGAUAUCAGGAUGUGAUCCAUCUAUCAUGGGAAUUGGUCCAGUGCCGUCUUCAAAGGCAGCUUUAAAAGCAGCAGGACAGGAUUUGGGUAAAAUGGAUCUGGUAGAGGUGAAUGAAGCUUUUGCCCCCCAAUUUUUGGCUGUGGCUAAAGAACUUGGACUAAAUAUGGAUAUUACAAAUGCUUGUGGAGGUGCUAUUGCUUUGGGCCACCCUCUAGGUGCUUCGGGAGCUAGAAUAACAGGCCACCUCACUCAUCAACUGAGGAGAAUUAAUGGCAAAUAUGGUCUUGGAACAGCAUGUAUUGGAGGUGGUCAGGGAAUUGCUGUUGUUCUAGAAAAGCUUUAAUAAUAUGACUUGACAGUCCAUUUACAUUCAUCUUUUGUACAUCAGUUGUUAUUAAAAAGUUUAAAGAAAAUAAAUAUUUAUACCAUUAUAAA